UUAAAAAAAAAAAACAUAAAGAACCCAAACUUUUUUUUUUUUUUUAAAUUGCAACUUUAAUUCUUUUUCUUCUUCUUCUUUUCAAUGCUCGCUCGUAUCAGUCGUCAAAAGGGCCUUGUUGCUCCUCGCUUGUUUGCCAGAACCAUGGCCUCUAAAAGCUUUGUCAAAUACAAUUGGCAAGAUCCCUUGAAUCUCGAGUCCGUCCUCACCGAAGACGAAAUCUCUAUUCGUGACGCCGUCAAAAGUUAUUGUCAAGACAAGUUACAACCCCGUGUCUUACAAGCCUACCGCAACGAGAAAUUCGACAGAGAAAUCAUGUCUGAAAUGGGUGAGUUGGGUUUCUUGGGUUCUACCAUCGAAGGUUACGGUUGUGCUGGUGUUUCUUCCGUUGCCUAUGGUUUAACUGCACGUGAAGUUGAAACGGUGGAUUCAGGUUACCGUUCUGCCAUGUCUGUGCAAUCCUCACUUGUCAUGCAUCCUAUCUAUGCUUACGGUACCGAAGAACAAAAGGAAAAGUACCUUCCUUCCUUGGCCAAGGGAGAAAAGGUGGGUUGUUUCGGUCUCACAGAACCCAACCAUGGUUCUGAUCCUGCAGGUAUGGAAACCACUGCUCGUAAAGUAAACGGACACUACGUCUUGAACGGAUCCAAGACAUGGAUCACCAACUCACCUAUUGCCGAUGUCUUUGUGAUUUGGGCCAAGAACCUAGAUGAAGAUGGAGCGAUUCGUGGAUUUAUUUUAGAAAAGGGGAUGCCCGGUUUAGAAGCACCUGCUAUCAAGGGUAAAUUCUCUUUGCGUGCUUCCAUCACGGGUAUGAUCAUGAUGGAUAACGUUGAAAUUCCUCUCACCAACAUGUUACCUAACGCCAAGGGAUUGGGUGGACCCUUUGGUUGUCUUAAUAAUGCGCGUUACGGUAUCGCUUGGGGUGCUUUAGGUGCCGCUGAAGCCUGUCUGGAUCAAGCACGUACCUACACUUUGGAUCGUCACCAAUUCGGUCGUCCUUUAGCCGCCAAUCAAUUGAUCCAAAAGAAAUUAGCUGAUGCCAAUACAGAGAUCGCCUUGGGUUUACAGGCCUGUGUUCAAGUCGGUCGUCUCAAGGAUGCUAAACAAUUAGCCCCCGAAAUGAUCUCCAUGAUCAAACGUAAUUCUUGUGGUAAGGCCAUUCAAAUCGCUCGUGAUUGUCGUGAUAUGUUGGGUGGUAACGGUAUCUCGGAUGAAUACCAUAUCAUUCGUCAUGCUGCUAAUUUAGAAGCUGUCAAUACCUAUGAAGGCACUCACGAUGUUCAUGCUUUGAUUCUGGGUAAAGCUAUCACCGGUAUCCCCGCUUUUGCCAAUUAAACUUUUUUUAAAAAAUAUCACACUAAAAAAAAAAAAACUUUUUUGUUACCCCACACACACACACACAAAGCGAAAAAGAAAACCCGGGAUCGUUUUUUAAAACCGGGUUGCCAUUGAAUCCUCUUUUUUUUUUUUGACAUGUCAAUUCCCACCAUCAUGACUAAUAGAGGGUAUGACGAAAAAAAAAAAUAUUUUUAUUAAAUUAAUUA